AGAGAAAGAGUGGUGAGAGAGAAACGAGGGAAGGAUGAGGAGGAAGAGACAGGCAACCAGAUGUGAGGCAGAGAUGUGGGAAACAAGGAAAGGGUGGAACAGGGGGGACCGUAAAAGAGUGGAAGAGAGAAACGGGUAGAGAGGGAGAGCUGGAGAGGCAGGGAAAGAUGUGAAGAGAGAUGUGAGAGUGGGACAUUGAAAGAGGUGGGGAUAGAGAAGGGUAGACGGGGAAGAAGGAGAUGGGGAAGGAAUGAGGAAGAGAGAGACAGGGGAAAAGAUGGGACGUGAGAGAGAGAGAGAUGGUGAGAGAAACGAGAGAUGUGGAGAAAAUGGUUAUAAACGGGGAAUGAGAUGGUGGUGGAUGGAAAGAUGGAAUUAGAGCCAGGAAAAGAGAUUGUGAUUGAGGGGUAGAUUAAGGGAAAGACAUAUAGAGGAAGAGAUAAACAAGGUAAAGCUGGGAAUAGAGAGUGAGAGAGAUGGGGAGAGAAAAGGGAGAGAUGGAAUUAAAGACAGUAAAAAAGAUGGCAAUAGAUAGAUACAUGGAGGGAGAGAAACAGGGAAAGAGAGAAGAGGAUAGUGUAGGAAAGCAAACUAGAGAGUGACAAGGAAGGAGAAAUGGGGUAUGUAAGAGGAAGAGAGAGAACAAGGAGGAAAUGGAGAAAGUGGAGGGUGUCUGAACAAAUGGUGGUGUGAAACAGACAAAAAGAAAGACAGCUGUCUAAGGAGAGAUGGAGAAACAGAAGGAAAUGAGGAAACUAAGACAAGAGAAGAGACUGCUGCUGUCUUGUAGUUCUUUAAAAAAAAAAAAUCUGGCGUGUGUGUGUGGACUAACUAUGUGCUGAUAUUUCUGUGUUGAGCCAUAAUGUGUGUGACGAUAAUGACACCUGCUGUGGUGUGUCCCCAAAACUUCAUUCCACCCUACACAUUUCAGCCUCCACAUUCUCCAGUCCCCCAGCGGACCUCCACUUCGCUUAUUAACGGGAUCCUGAUUAAUAGAUGGGAAGCUCGUCACAAAGCAUUCGAGUCCAUUAGAAUUACUCCGUGUGCUCAUACUCGUGGAUGUCAGUGAGUUCAUGUAUAUGGAAAUUAGCAUCCAUAUGCAAGCAAGUACACUGUGGUAGUUCAUUUCAGUCAUAGCCUGUUCAGUGGGACAGGCGUAGCAGCACAGCUUCAUAUACGCUACAUCGCCAAAACAUUGUGGACACCUGGCUGUAACACUCAUGUGAUUGUUGAACAUCCAAUUCUAGGUUUAUUCCUCCUUUACUGUUAUAAUAAGCUCCUCUCUUCUGGGAAGGCUUUCCACUAGAUUUUGGGGCGUGGCUGUGGGGAUUUGUGUUCAUUCAGAUACAGGAGCAUAAGUGAAAUCAGGGACUGACAUAGGGUGAGGAGGUCUGAGGUGAAGUCGGUGUUCCAGUUCAUCCCAAAGGUGGGGUGAGGUCAGGGCUCUGUGCAGGACACUCGAGUUCUUCCACUCCAACCUCAGCAAACCAUGUCUUCAUGGAGUAAUUACAGGCAUAAUUACCCACUGUUUUCUCACCAAACUCCAAGACCGCUCGGUCAAAGCUAGCGUUCCCUGGUACUCUGACUGGAGAGAAACGCUCAACCAGCUCAGCUCCUCCAAAUACUAUACAGCAACAACGCCAUGGUUUGAAGCAUACAGAGAGAGUUUUCUACAGUCCAUGCCUGCGUCGGAGCACGAGUUCCUCAACCACUAUGUGGCCUGUAUGUUGGUGGUAUCGUCUCAUGAAACCGUGCCCACCGAGCAGUUUCAGAAGCUCUCUCAUGAGCAGCACAGGAUCCAGCACAGUGGAGAGUACACCUACCCCAAAUGGUUUAUCCCCAACACCCUCAAAUACUACGUCCUGCUUCACGACAUCAGUGAUGGAGACGAAAAGAGGGCAGACUCCAUAUAUGAGGACAUGAAGCAGAGGUACGGUACUCAGUGCUGUUACCUGUUGAAGAUCAACUCUGGAACUGGUGCUGCUGGGCCAGAUGAGCAAAUGCCAGAUCCCUGGAGUCAGUAUUUACAGAAGAACCACAUCUACAGCUCUGAGCAAUACGAAGAAGUUGUGGUGAAUAAUGUUGGGGAGAACAACAUUAACUCUGAAGUGGAUGGACUUGACACUUCAGAUGCACUCAGCAACACCCAUCCAUUGAAACUGGACCAGACAACUGACCCAGGUUAUCCCUCCAACCUCCGCGAGGCUGUGAACAGUGUGGACCUGGAUCUGUCGAGGUCACAGAAACAGACCCCCACAACAUCACAGGCUCAUGGUGCCUGCCUAACCCUCAACGACCAUGACCGCAUCCGCCAGUUCAUCCAGGAGUUCACCUUCAGAGGACUGUUGCCACACAUCGAGAAAAACAUCCGCCAGCUCAAUGACCAGUUGGUGUCAAGGAAAGGGUUAAGUAGGUCUCUGUUCUCAGCUACAAAGAAGUGGUUUGGGGGUGGCAAGGUUCCAGAGAAGAGCAUUGCUGAACUAAAAAAUACUACAGGACUGCUAUACCCCCCAGAAGCCCCUGAGCUGCAAAUUAGGAAGAUGGCUGACCUGUGCUUUCUGGUUCAACACUAUGAGUUGGCCUACAACUGCUACCACACUGCCAAGAAGGACUUCCUCUCUGACCAGGCCAUGCUGUAUGCUGCUGGAGCACUGGAGAUGGCUGCGGUAUCUGCGUUUCUACAGAGUGGAGCCACCAGGCCGUACCCUGCCCACUACAUGGAGACAGCCAUCCAAACUUAUCGAGAUGUCUGCAAAAACAUGGUCCUGGCUGAGCGCUGUGCUCUGUUGAGUGCUGAGGUGCUGAAGAGUCAGGCCAAAUACUCCGAAGCUGCAGCUCUCCUCAUCAAGAUGACCAAUGAGGACUCUGAUCUGCGGAGUGCGCUCUUAUUGGAGCAGGCAGCUCACUGCUUCAUUAAUAUGCGCAGCCCCAUGGUGAGGAAGUUUGCCUUCCACAUGAUCCUGUCAGGUCACCGUUUCAGCAAAGCCGGACAGAAGAGACAUGCGUUGCGGUGUUACUGUCAGGCCAUGCAGGUGUAUAAAGGGAAGGGCUGGACUCUUGCUGAAGAUCACAUCAACUUCACCAUCGGCCGACAGUCCUUCACUCUGCGCCAGCCUGAGAACGCUAUAGCCGCCUUCCGGCACAUUCUCAUCGGCGACAGCAAACAGUCCGCCUCUCAGCAGAGCGCCUUCUUCAGGGAAUAUCUUUAUGUGUACAGGAAUGUGAGUCAGUCAUCCAGUGAGAGCUCUCUGCCUCAGCUGCCCCUGCCCUGCUUACUCUGCACCCGGACACGUGUGUUCUUUGGCCAUGAGUGCAGACUUGCCGAGGGGGAAAAGCAAGCAGCCACCCAUGUGUGGCUGGAUCAGGAAUACGACCGAGAACAGUCACAGCUGUGGGCGGAGCUGGAAGAGCAGGUAGUGGCUGUGGUCAACAAGGGCAGCGUGCCCAUCAGCUUCCAGCCCACACAAUACUGCCUCAGCAGCCACACGGAUAACCUGCGCAACCCCCUCUCUGUAGUGGAAGAGCCCAUUAUCCUGGAGGUAGUGUUCAAAAAUCCUCUGAAGGUUCCACUGGCUUUGUCCGAGCUCUCUGUGCUGUGGAAGUUCACAUUGAAGGACUUUUCUGGGCCUCAAGGAGGCACGAUCGGAGAAACCAUCACUAAUGAAAAUGAGGCACCCACAAGCAAAGCCACAGCACUUAAUGACCUUAUCAGCACUGAAGUCAUUCCAGAGUUCCUUAUGAGUCCUGAAGAAACAAAAGUGGCUCGGCUGAAGUUACUUCCUCAUAAAACAGGACAACUGCAUGUGCUCGGUGUGGUCUACAACCUGGGCACUGGAGAGGACGACAAUACCGGUGAAGCAGCCAGUCGUUUGAUGUGUGUCCGUGGGAGGCAGGAUCUGGAAAUCCAGGGGCCGAGACUGAACAUGACCAAAGAGGAGAAGACCUCCGUCCAACACGGAUCAGACCGUCGCCUUGAACCGAUCAUCACUCCGCCGAUGCCCCUGCUGGAGGUGUUUUUCAUUAACUUCCCCACGGGUUUGCUCUGCGGCGAGAUCAGAAAAGCGUGGGUGGAGUUUGUCAACGUGAGCGCCGUUCCCCUCACCGGCCUGCGGGUGGUGUCAACCCACCCAGAGUUCUUCACCUUUGGAAGUGCGACCUCUGACCUCACCCCAGUAACCCCCACAGCCGCCGAACACUGCUCCGCCUACAAGACAAUAGUUACGCCCCCGUCUGUGGCCGCAGUGACUCUGGUAUCUCCUGCAUCGUUUGGCGUGACUGGGGAAGACCGGCUCAAAGUAGCUGAGAUUCAUUUAACAGGAGGAGUUCUGGGACCCGGCGAGGCACUACAGAUACCACUGUGGCUCAGAGGACCUGACCGAGAGGGUGUGCACGAGAUCCACUUCCUGUUUUACUAUGAGAGUGUGGAGAAAAAUGCGAAGCUCAGUCACCGGGUGCUGCGCCACACAGCCGUCAUCUGCGCGAGUCGUUCCCUGAGCGCGAGAGUGACGGCGUGUCGCAGUAACACGCUGCCAGGAAAAGUCAGGAGAGAGGAAAGGGAGGAGGAGUGCUACGGCAGCAUGCUGGUGUUCGUGGAUGUGGAAAACAUCAACACUAGUGAAGCAGGGGUGCGCGAGUUCCACAUAGUGCAGGUGUCCAGCAGCAGCAGACAGUGGAGGCUACACAAGUGCAUCAAUCCUGCCGGAGACAAAGACUCUAAGCUGGGCAGCAGAGAGAGGGGGAAGCUGUGCUUCAGGGCAACUAGAUGCAGAACACAGGAAGCUACCUCAGACACAAUAGAGAAGUACACUUUUGCUGACCUAAACCUUGGCAAUGAACAGAUUGUCAGUUCUAUGACUCCAUGUGCGGACUUCUUUUUCCGGAGAGGUCCGCCCUCUGAGCCCAGGAAAGGAGGCGUGUCUCCAGGUGGAGCCAUGCACAUGAGGAGGCAGAGCCUCACGCCUGCUGGCAGGACGGAUGACUGCAUUACAAGUGUCAUUCGGAAAUGCAGCGAAGUGGAACUCGACAUCAUCAUCCUUUGGAAGGCCUAUGUUGUGGAGGACAACAAGCAGCUCAUUCUAGAGGGACAACUACAUGUUGCUUUGCAAACUAUUGGAAAGGAGGCAUGCUCCCUCGCCCAGAAAGAGGAAGCGCAGGAGAUGGUGCUGCUAAAGUUCAAGCCUGAUCCUCCACCUCCUGUUAGCAGACCCUCACUGGAACAGCUUUCCCAUCUCAUCAAGACUUGUCUGCACUACCCUGAGUCCUAUGACCACCCUUUCCCACAGAAAAGCUUAUGCAUGGUACCGGUUACCUUGACUCUGUCCAACUGUUCCUUGGCUCAGGUGGAUGUCAUCAUUGACCUGCGUCAGAAAACAACGAGCCCUGAGUCACUAGAGGUGCACGGUGCGUUUACAUGGCUGGGGCAGACCCAGUACAAGCUGCAGCUGAGGCCGCAGGAAGUCCACCAGCUCUUUCUGAAAGCCUGCUUCUUCCAGGCUGGGGUUUAUAACCUGGGCACGCCGCGGGUCUUUGCCAAGCUCGCUCAGUCAGGCACCAUGUGUGAGACCAGCCAGCAGAGCGCAAUGCCAGCUCUCAUCAUCAUUAACAGUGUGUGAGCCAGUCAUCAGUGCAGGCCUGCUGCUUUUCCAGCCUCAGCUCCCCACCCUACAGCAACAGUUCUCUUUCAGACUGCAGCAGUUUUCUACUACUUGUUUAAAAACAAUUGAAAAAUGAAAUUAUGGGAGGAGGGGGGGUUGGACAACAAUAUAAUGAGGUUAAUAUGUUUAAGUGCAGUACUGCAUCUGACAUUCUUGUAACCUCUGGGGAGAUGAUAAAGACCAACAUACCUAUAGUUGUUUUUGUCUUAAAUGCAGAAAAUGGAUUUGAAACUUGAAAAGGUUCUUUUCUUCUUUCCCAAGAAUAUUUCUCAUAUCAGGUUUUUUUUUUUUUUUUUUAAGUCCAUUUUAUUUACCCAAAUCAACUCUAAAGACUAAACCUGUAUGUUUGUGGGGGUGUGUGUGUGUGCGCGUGUGUGUGUGCGCAUGCGUGCAUGCAUGGGUGUUGCUAAAUGAGUGUGCAGUCUCCUCAUGUUGCUAGUGUUUCAGGCACAAUUCUCCAUUUCUGCAGUAACAAAGACUUUGCUCCAUGUGGGGUCUUGAAGCUGCAUAAUUACAGAUAUAAUAACCUGCUGCAGGACUUCUUUUCUCUGCCUAACGGACCAUGGCAUAAUUUCUUAUUCAGCAGGCUGUACAAGCUGUCAAAGCCAGUGAGGUGUGAAUGGCAUCUGUGUGACCCAGUGAGGACGCUGUGGCAUGUAUAGCCCACUGCAGUACUGUGACACGCUGUGGAAUACUCUGGGUGUGUGUGGGGAUCACCUGGAUUGGGCUGAUUUCAAAAGUCAUUUGCUUUUCUUUACAAACCAAUCAUUUCCCCCUCUUUCCACCCAUCACCCCUGAUUAAACUGUUAUUUAAUGUAUCUAUGUGAUUGCUUUUCAGACAAAAAAAUAUGUAUUAUAUUUAUAACAAAUGACUGUAAAUAGAAUAAAAUGUAACCAAAUAACCACAAA